AUGGUGUUUUUGACGACGACAGCGACGACAACGAUGCCGGUCGAACAUGAACCUCGGCCUUCGGGCCAAAUUUCAGCUCUUGCUUUCUCUCCGAAUGGCAGGUAUCUUGCGGCAGCGACGGAAAACUGUUUUGUCUAUGUUUGGAUGAUGGAAUCUCAGAAGCUGGUGCGGAUGCAUGCUGCGGAAGCUGUUGUUACAGGCCUUAGCUGGCAUCCAAGUAAAGACGUCAUCGCCUGGACUGACAUGCAAGGUCAACUAACUCAUUGGGAGUCUGUUCUCGGCACGUCAAUGCCUAGUGCUCGAGAGGAUGUACCUAUGGCAGAAUCUUCUACUCACGCCGCUGGACUAGAACCCAUGGAGCAUGAACUAGACGACCUGUUCGACGAUACGCCCUUGGAUGACAAUGCCGGUGAUGAACCGCGGCCCAAGCGUAUGCGAAUGAUUCCCCCCGAUGUUGCUGGAAAGUCUGUUGUCCGGCAGCCUUCAUUCCAACCGAGCUCGACACCGAUGAUCGCGCAGCGCAGGUACUUGGCCGUGUCAAAUUUCGGAACCUUGACGUCUAUUGAUCAAGAUACACACCAGACUGUGGUGUUUGAGUCGUACGAUACAUCUGCGCGGCGCAAUUUCCGGUUUACCGAUCAUUUCGGUUAUACGAUGGCAAGCAUGGCCUCGCAAGGUAUACUGUUUGCUUGCGAAGUAGAGGGGGGAAACCCAAGUGUUAUAUUUUAUCGGCCAUUUGAUGAUCUUCCCGGCAUCCAAAUGGAAUGGAGCGUAAAUUUGCCGCCUGGUGAAACAGCGACUGCCGUGGCUCUUGGAGGCAUUCCGAAUGUCGGUUCUUUUGCUGACAUGCACGAAGGUUCUUCUGGAGUUGUGGAUGAGAGCUUCACGUCCCGCGCCACGUCCGUGGUUUCGACGUCUCGUGGCAUGCUGCGAUUUUUUGGGCCCAGUGGCAUGCAAUGCUAUGUAUGGGCUCUCGGUGCCCCUGUUGUGGCCCUCGCUGCUUGUGCGUACAGUGUGAUGGUGGUGUAUGAAGCUGCAGCAUCAACUUCAAGCAACACGCAUUUAGCGUACAUGGUUAUUGAGUUGUCGCAGUGGUGCAUUAUGCAACAAGGGACAUUACCUGUUGGCCCCAAUGCUACCUUGACUUGGCUCGGCUUUGAUGAGCUAGGUACACCUGCAGUAUUCGACUCCGCAGGGAUGCUGUACACUUUAAAUCGAGUAUGGCGACCAGGACAGGGCCGCUGGGUCCCAUCUCUGGACUGCGAGUUGGCUCUGUUACCAAAAGACUCAGAUUCCAACGUGUACACAGAUGCGCCAAUAAAGCCGCGUGUUCGUUUGUGGCCUAUUGGUGUCACAGGAACACAUCUGCUUGGUCUCUUAAUUCCGAGUUCGCAGUUAUAUCCACAACCGUCAGGCCCGCGUCCUUUGGUCCAAGAGCUUGAGCUUACGAUCAGCAUGGCGCAGCGAGAGAGCGCAGCAACACCACUUGAAGAGCUGGCUCUUCGACGUUCUCUGCUUGCAAGUGCUGUACGUGAUACUCAAGCAGCUACAGGACUUGAGCUUCGGCCCAAGCGCUUAUCAGUACAAGAAAGCGAUCCUGCCGUGCUAGACAUGGAAGCGGACAAGGCACUUUUGCAACUUGUGCAUCUAGCUGGUAAGGCGGAUCGUUACGCGAGAGCACUCGAUGCUACACGUUCUCUGCAUUCUGAAAGCACACUAGAUGCGGCUCUUAAGAUUGCCCAUUUUCUCCAUCUUCCAAGCCUAGCCGACCGAAUGGAACGCGUGCGUGCGCCACUCGUUGUCUAUCAACAAUCCCUGGACGAAGUUACCACUCGUUCCUGCGGAACCGAUGCACUUCUCCGAAACUUCGCACAUGUACCGGUUCCCAUUACCAGUGCAUCAUCAAUGCCGCCUUCCGAUGCUCGUCAUGACCACGCACGCUUUGCUUUGCAACAGGAAGGAUUUGGCCCUCGCGUGCAGCGUUGGGCUUCGAAACCAACUCUUGCUCGUGAGGGCCUGUCGCAUUUCCAUCAGUCGCCAGAUCUGGGCCCAACCCCCUCCGACUGGUCGUCUUCCUUGCACACAGCUACUGAUGAGCCGACAUCGUCAAUGCCAUCUCAAUCUUUGGAUCACGAUUCUGUGCCCCGUUCUAUGACGCCUACGCUGCCAAUGCGCGCAAAUCCUUUUGCACGUACUCAUUCUGUCGCUAAAGAACGACAACUUCAAAAGAGCUCGUCUUUUUUUGACAGAGCCGAUGCAGCAUCCGCAAGUGCUCCCGACGAAGCUGACGGUGGUGUAGUUCCUGCCGGCAAACGAUCAACAGCACCAUCAUCGUCACGACAAGCAACGCUCGCAAGAUUCGCAUACAAGGAACCUUCAAAAAUGCCUAAAGAAAGGUCAUAG